ACGUUAGUAUCUCACGAACCAUCAAAGAUCUCGCAUCAUGAGAAUCAAAGUUUUAAUAUUGUUAAUACUAAUAGCAUCCUGUUACUGUGAUGUGGAAUUCAGUGAACGACCAAGAAACUUUAGCAUAGAGCUACUGUAUCAUACUCAGAAGCAAACUGGUGGCCAUGUAGUGAUAUCCCCUUUCGGAAUUUGGACACUCAUGACCGGUUUGGCCGUGGGAGCGACUGGCGACAGCUUCGAGCAACUAAAAGUGGCUUUUAUACUCCCCAGGAGUCUCAAAACCGUCGUAUCAGGGUAUAAAGACUUGACCAAAUCAGUGCUUCAACGGAAAUCAGACGGAGUAACUUUAACAAGUAAGAAUUUUCUGUUCGCUGAUGAUGAUUUCUUACUUAAACCAGCAUUUAUGCAGACUAUUACUGAUAAAUUCGAUGCUACUGUAAAAAUACUUGAUUUUAAAAACUCUGAUGAAGCUGCCGCUAAAGCAAACAGUUUUAUACAAAACUCCGGUGCUCGAGUUACAAAUGUACUCAGUGCAGAAGAUUUCGAACAAUCCAGAAUGAUUUUGACAAAUGUGAUAUCUUUCAAAGGACUCUGGACAUCGCCUUUCAACGCAAGUCAUACAACCGUUGAAGAUUUCUAUAACGAAAACAAAGAAGUAAUAGGCAAAGUGAAUAUGAUGCAUAAAAAAGGAGAAUUCCCCUUAGCAAAUAUGAUAGAUCUGAAAUCUUUCGUUUCUGAACUGACUUACGGAACUGAUGCGGCGUAUUCCAUGCUUGUGAUCCUGCCUCAUCCAGCUAUUAAAGUUGAAGAAGUAUAUAAGACUCUUGAGAAAAUCACCAUACCUGAUAUAAUAGCGAAACUCCAAGAAGAUGAAAAUGACUACGGUUUAGAUGAAGUCGAAAUUAAGCUACCAAGAUUUAAAAUAAGCACUAAUAUAGUCAUGAAUAGACCUUUGAAUGAUAUGGGUGUUUAUGAUAUUUUCGAUCCAGAAUAUGCUAGUUUUAGCAGAGCGACGAAUGAGAGUAUAUAUGUGUCGGCAAUAGUUCACAAAGCUGAUAUAGAAGUGAGUGAAACAGGGACGGUGGCGUCGGCGGUAUCUACAGCGUAUUUGAGUAAUAGAUUUGGUACAACUCGAUUGAUUGCCGAUAGACCUUUUCUGUACUUCAUAAUUGAGAAGUCGACAGCUACUGUGAUUUUUGCCGGCAUUUAUUCUAAGCCUUCUUUGUACUAAAAUAUAAUUUAAAAUUUUA